AUGUUGGAUAAUUCUGUGAGUACCAAUCAAACAUCAGUCAGAGAAUUCAUUCUUCUAGGACUUUCUAACAACAACGAUCUUCAAAUAGUCUUCUUCCUGCUGUUUUUGGGUAUGUAUAUGGUGACACUGUCCGGAAACCUUCUCCUGAUCCUUGUGGUAAGACUGAAUCCCCGACUCCACACUCUUAUGUACUUUUUCUUGAGUAACCUCUCUGCGAUUGACAUCUGCUUUUCCUCAACUGUGGUACCUAAACUUCUGUUAGUUACCAUAUCACAGGACAAAAGUAUCUCCUUCUUGGGAUGUGCAACCCAGAUGUACUUUCAUUUAGUUCUGGGUCAAACGGAGAGUUUAAUAUUGGCCGUUAUGGCCUUUGAUAGGUACACAGCUAUCUGUAAACCUUUACAGUACACCAUCAUUAUGCAUAAAAAGCUCUGCGUAGGUCUGUCAGCUGGAUGCUGGAUUGUGAGCUUUUCAAACUCAAUUAUUCUGACCCUAGUCACCUUCCAGCUGCCUUUCUGUAAGUCAAACCUCAUCAGCCAUUUCUUCUGCGAGAUGCCCCCUCUCCUCCAACUCUCCUGCGGAGAUAUUUGGCUCAGUGAAGUUCUAGAGUACAUGACAGGGGUGAUCAUUGUUCUCUUCUCUUUCCUGUUGAUUCUCAUGUCCUAUCUCAAUAUCACCUUGAACGUCAUUAAGAUCCGUUCCACUAAGGAGAAACAGAAGGCUUUCUCGACAUGUGCCUCCCACCUUGUAGUGGUCUCUCUUUACUAUUGCACCAUUAUGUACAUUCACAUGCACUCUAGAACUGCUUCUUCUGCAGAAAAGGACAGAGCUGUCACCAUCCUCUACACAGCGGUUAUUCCUCUGCUAAAUCCCUUCAUCUACAGUGUGAGGAAUAAGGAGAUUAAAGAAGCAAUUAAAAAAUCAGUGACUACUGCCAUUUAUCAUUAA